CCACCACCUUACAUACGGGUGCGACAUCGCUCUUAUCUGUUAUGAGCCUCCAGAAUACACCCCUCCAUUAUGUUCUCAGGUGUCCCUGGGGAUUCUCUGAGAAACCCUAUCCGUCACGUCGCAUUGAUACCCCAGCCUCAACGCAAGGCCGGCUAUGCGUGUGACUAGACCAGGAUGUUGCAGGAGGUUGCCUGAGCGCUCAGUGAGGACACGAAGACGAGCGAGCCUCUUACUCUUAAUCUACAGAGUUGAUCUCGUAUCAUUCGCGAAAAUUACGAAAUGCUGUAUUCCACAGUACCGCUGUUGAAAGCCCAAAACUUUCGGGUCAUGCACCUGCAAGCAGGAGUCGCUGAUGACCCCAUACGCUUUUCUCUCCAGCUUACAGCAUGCGAUGCUGACCCUCAAAUCGAUUAUGAAGCUCUUUCUUACACCUGGGGAGAUUUGGCAGACACACGGGAAAUCUCUUGCGGCGGUGCCGAGGUCGGUACCUCGCAUUUGAUGGUAACAACCAAUUGUUACAGCGCCCUCAAUAGCCUUCGAAUGCCUGAUAAACCGCGAACGCUCUGGAUCGAUGCGAUUUGUAUCAACCAAGACGACUUUGACGAGCGUGAAGCUCAAGUGGCAAUGAUGCGGUCAAUUUACAGCGGCGCAACUCAAGUGGUGGUGUAUCUUGGAGAUAGCAGUGAUGACAGCGACUCUAUUAUGCGCUAUAUUGAGGACCAGUACGAGCCUGUCGAAUACCCAAGACGAAAAACUUUUACAAGACUGAGUGAGGAGGUCUGGUGCAGCUUCUCCUCUCGCGCUUGGUUCAAUCGAACUUGGGUCUUGCAAGAGCUAUUCAGCGCAUACAAAGUAGAAGUGCGCUGCGGACAAAAGUCAAUUUCCUGGAAAGCACUGGCGGACUACUAUGCGAGAUGGUAUUCGGGAGCGCUUCGCAACAACCUUCGUGUACCUCCUGCGUACGAAGUCGUACAAUUCAUGGCAUGGGUCCGAAAACGCAGGAACGAAGAGAUGGGACCCAGGCUCCUCGAGCUGCUCAUGAGAACCCGGUGGUGUACAAGCUCCGAUCCCAGAGACAAGCUCUACGGUAUACUCUCUAUGCUUGGCGCCGAUGACAGCAUAACCUUCCUCCAUCCCAAUUAUCGUCGCUCCGCAAAUAAGCUAUACACCGAUCUAGCACUCUAUCUCUAUGAAACAAUAGGUUCCGAGAUGUUCAGAAGGGCAUCAAAGUAUGCUUCUGGUAAUGGUCUAGACUCCCUACCAAGUUGGGUCCCUGAUUGGACCUGCGCUGGAGUGUUUGGCGUCGAAAGCUCAAGUAUAAAUACCGGCUCAGGAAGGGACUCAGCUAAAUUGAGAGCCGGGGGUCCGUUCAUUGCUGGGGCAGAAAUAAGUGGGUGCCCACCUGUGCAAGGGGCCGCAUUUCGACAGCUCAGCGUCAAAGGAAAGCUUGUUGACUCCUUGAAAAUCGUCUCAGAUGAAUGCGACCUGGACAAGAAUGUAUUUCCACUUGCUCAAUGGUGCAAAAUCGCGCGGAGAUUCAGUUCUGCGAAAGAGUUUGAGAAACUGCUCGUGUACGAUCAUGUCAUAUAUCGUGACGUCCUAAAAAAAGCCCUGAAAAUAGUCCUUAACUGGCAGAAGGAUGGAUCCAACAGCACGCUCACCGAGCUGUUCACUAAACGACGAUUGCCGCCCAGCUACCUCCGGCAGAUUCUCCAGAUGCUGAAGUGCUGCGACAGACGCAAACUUGGUGUCUUGCACAAUGGCUUACUAGCAUUGGUUCCUGUGUUCGCCAAACCUGACGAUCUCGUGUAUUUACUACCUGGUGCAUCUGUACCUUUUCUAUUCAGAAAGCAGGAUGAUCACGUUGUAUUUAUUGGCGAAUGCUUUGUGCAAGGCAUCAUGUCUGGAGAAGCCUGGGACGAGAAAAGUACGCAGUCGCUGGAAACAUUGAUAGUUGAAUAAGCCUCAAAUUAUUCAUGUCUACGUCCAGCCGCAACGAGGUCGAUUUUGGUUGCUGGAAGAGGAUUUGAGUGUCAGGCUGUUCGUUGGUCGCAUCAUCUACUGCUUUCCGCCUCGGAGUGCAAUGCAGUUGUUGAGGUCUUGCAAUUCGAUGCUUUUAUCCAAUACCUGAUCUGCAGAGCUUUCCUGCUGUGUAAGCAGUUAGAUAAACAGUGCAAGCCACAGAUGACCUCGCUGCUGUAGGACAGGCGUGGGUUCGAGAGCUGCGUACGAAUGGCAACAUUGACGUACUCACCACCCCACCAUUUCUCCGUGAAGAAGCUACUAGUGGUUUAUGUAUUGGAC